UGCAUCAGGAGGUGAAACCCAUCUCUUUCUCUCCUCUCUUUCCGCCAGAACUGUGAACCUGUUACUGAGUCCAUACCUCCAGUCGCUCUCCAUCAGGAGCUGACUUCAGGCUGGGUUUGCUGCAGUCCAAUUAGAGACGUUCCCAGGGAAUAUGGCUACAGACCAGGCAUUUUUCGAUGGUCAUGGGCACCCCCAGGGCAACCUGGGCUGGGACCUGACACCGGCCGGACCGCCCCAGGGAAACCUCACUGAAGAACAGCACCAGGACUCUGAGAAGUGGCACUUGCUCUUCAGAGCCUUCCAACACCCAACGGACGCGGACCCACUCCAGAGCAUGAACACAAUGUCUGCGCUCCUCCAUCGCUGGCUGAGGCCGGAUGUGCUCACCAAGAAGCAGAUCUUGGAUAAGCUUCUGCUAGAGAAGUUCAUGACCUGCAUGCCCCUGGAGCUGCAGGUCUUGGUGCGGGAGAGGCGGGUGCAGAGCUUCGAGGAACUGAAGGUCUUGCUGAGAAAUAAGAAGAAGGAACCCAGGAAAUGGAAGGUUGUCACCUUCCAAGGACAGAAGUAUCUUGAGGAGAAUUUUGAUGUCCAGAUGCCUGACGAGGAAGUUGGUGACACAGACCACGUGUUGAAUUGUCCAUGAAGUACCAAUCCCCCAUUAGUAAGACGGGGGUACAUCCUGGGAAGAGCCAGGAUGUCAACAGAGAGCCGGGGAACCAGCCAGGAACCAGUGACGUGGUGUGGGGACAGGGGCAGAGAGUCUUCUUGCUGGAGGCGAUUCUCAAGAAAAGUGAUCUGGAGGCUGUGAGGCCCAUGGAGAAUUUGGUGAAGUUGGAGAAGGAUGUGAUGGAAGACAGGGAAGAGGCAGCAGUACUCACAUCUCCAGAGCCUUCACUUCCCAGCAGUCCUGGAGACUUGGUGAAGACAGAGGGGGAGCAGAACCCCCUGGAAAGAAUUGGUCUAGAGCGUGUGGAUGCCAGUGACGUACCCCCCACCCAUGCUCCGGAGACACAGGCUUUGAGUCAGCGUCCAAAGAGAAGAGGUUCUGGGAAUCCAGGAGGUGCCACCAAGAGAAAAAGGGACAACACUCCCACGCCCCAAGAGGAGCCUCAAGAAGGAGCCAUGUCGUUGGAUAGAGGAGAAGUCACCAGACAGCACGGGUGCAAUUCAGUGGGUGCGUCAAGCACCAUGGAGCCCACUGGUCACGCUGUUGGCAAAGAACCCAGGAGAAAGGUACCCUACGAGUGCCAAGACUGCGGCAAGAGGUUCAGCUACAAAUCGCAGUUAGACCUUCACCGGAGGACACACACAGGAGAGAGACCCUUCCAGUGCCUUGUGUGUUCCAAGGGCUUCAUUCAGUCCUCGGACCUCCGGGUCCACCAGAUGACCCACACCGGGGAGAAGCCGUUCUGCUGUACAGUCUGCCUGAAGAGGUUCACCCACAAC